UUUGUCUCCCGUUCAUGUCUCUCCCUCUCCCUCCCGCUGUGCAGUACUACCACCCCUUCCCACGCUAUGCCACUGCCAUGUCGUCGCCGUUGUCGCUUCACUUAGUCGGCCCUCGUGUUCUUCUGCAGAUCCAGACCAUUUAUACAAUCCAGACCAAAUCAAACUCUCGAUAUGGCCAUCAUGUGGUUCCAGGAAGUUGUACAUAUUUUAUGGUGUGUUGGGGGGGGGGGAAGAACAAGCUGGUGUACGUGUGUGGUGGUGCAGUACCUAUACCACAAAAAAAGUUAAUAAGGACACUCGAAUUUGGAUGUGCUUUCUCCUUUGAAAUCUCUUUUGGAAUAGAGCAGUGUGAUCAGGACUAUGUAGAAACUAUAAUAGACUUGCGAUAUGGUUGUGCUCGCACAUAUCUGCAUGAUCUGUGUGAUCUUUCAAAUAUGGAAGAUCAGAUUGCAAAAUCCAAAGAUCAAGCUCUAAUGCAGGAAGGAUAGCUUGGACAAUGUAGAGAAGUGGAGAUAUGCAACCGAGGAGGAGAAGUGGCUGGAAGAGUACGAAAGGGCUACAGCAGUACAAGUUGGUUUAGGUGAAACUUCUAGCUCAGCAAAGGGAUUUUCAGGUGCUCUUCUUGAAUUUUAACUGUCUCUGCAAAU